CUAAGGAAGUAAUGGAGAAGAAAGAACUGCAAGAACAGAAAACAAUUUCUUCGUUUUGGUUUAUUGGAUCUCUCUCUUUCUCUUUGGAUCCCAACUUUGAAGCAACUCGUCAGAUAGCUUCUCUACAAUGUCUACGCAUACCACUGAAGAAACGGAAUUGCAAAAUGGAGCUGAGCCUGAGCCUGAAGCAGAAGCAGAAGCAGAAGUAGAAGCAUCAAAAUCAGAAAUUGAAGCAGAAGCAGAAUCUGAAUCAGCAAUUGUCGAUGGUGCAGAUCCCAAGGCAGAGGAGCGGAAAGAGGCACCGAUCCAAUUGAAGGAAGCAUAUGAACCUCAAUCUGACGAUCAAAAUGCGCGACCUGAGCUCCGAAAAGACGAAGGAAGCCGAACUUUCACAAUGAGAGAAUUACUUAGUGAAUUAAAAAGCGAGGAAGCAGAUGAUGUCACCACUCCUCAAAGUCAACAGAGCACACCGCAUCUUCAAAACAAUGCUGCAAUGGAAUUGAUUAAUAGUGUUACUGGUGCUGAUGAGGAAGGCCGAUCUCGCCAGCGUAUUCUUACAUUUGCUGCCAGGAGGUAUGCUAGUGCAAUUGAGAGAAAUCCAGAAGACUAUGAUGCGUUAUACAAUUGGGCACUGGUUCUUCAGGAAAGCGCAGAUAAUGUUAGUCCUGAUUCUACCUCACCUUCUAAAGAUGCUUUGCUCGAGGAGGCCUGUAAAAAAUAUGAUGAGGCUACUCGUCUCUGCCCUACCCUUCACGAUGCUUUUUACAAUUGGGCUAUUGCAAUCUCUGAUCGUGCAAAAAUGCGUGGUCGUACAAAGGAGGCUGAAGAAUUGUGGAAGCAGGCAACAAAGAACUAUGAAAAAGCUGUCCAGCUUAACUGGAACAGUCCUCAGGCACUUAACAACUGGGGCCUUGCUUUGCAGGAACUAAGCGCAAUUGUUCCUGCACGGGAAAAGCAAACAAUUGUCAAAACUGCAAUUAGUAAGUUCCGUGCAGCAAUACAGUUGCAAUUUGAUUUCCACCGAGCAAUCUACAAUCUCGGAACUGUUCUGUAUGGAUUAGCAGAGGACACAUUAAGAACUGGAGGUGCAAUCAAUCCUAAGGAUGUUUCCCCUAAUGAGUUAUAUAGCCAGUCCGCUAUCUACAUUGCAGCUGCUCAUGCAUUGAAACCAAGUUACUCUGUGUACAGCAGUGCCUUGAGACUUGUACGUUCAAUGUUACCCUUACCAUAUCUUAAAGUUGGUUAUUUGACUGCACCACCAGCAGGCAAAUCAAUUGCUCCACACAGUGACUGGAAAAAAUCACAAUUUGUUUUGAAUCAUGAAGGGCUUCAACAGCAGGUUAGCAAAUUAGAUCAAAAACAAUUACCGCAGAGCCUCUCUGGCAGAACAGAUGUAACAAAUAGUGACAAAAAGGCUAUCAAAAUUGAAGUUCCAGAUAUUGUUUCAGUUUCAGCAUGUUCUGAUCUUACUUUGCCACCUGGUGCAGGCCUCUGUGUUGAUACAGUUCAUGGGCCAGUCUUCUUGGUUGCUGACUCAUGGGAAUCACUAGAUGGAUGGCUUGAUGCGAUCCGAUCGGUUUAUACAAUUUAUGCACGGGGUAAGAGCGAAGUCCUAGCAGGUAUCGUCACAGGCUGAUUAUGGCUAUUUAUUACAUGCAUGACCACUGAAGUGUACUCAUCGAGAUUUAUGGUUUCUGUAUUGGGCUUUGGUCAUUUGAAUAAGAAUUCUGUAUAUUGUAGAAAUUUUGGUCCAGGGUAAUAUUGUCAAAUCUUCUCUGAAUUAUAGAUCGGCUGUACAUUUCAUUUAUUUUAUAGUGAGUGAUCUUGUUCAGGCU